AUGUCUGGUCUUGGCUCUUGUAUCGACAUUAUAUCCAAUAUCAGUGACGGUGAAUUAAAAUAUAAUGGAGAAUUAUUUAGAGUUACUCAGGAGACGAAAAAUAUUAAAAUACAAGAAGAGUUUAACGAAGAGGAUAAUGAAAAUAAGGAUUUACAGAGAAAUAGUGAAGGUUACGAAAUGAUACCAAAUUUAACAGAAGCUAAAAAGGAGAGGAAAAGCGUAGCUUCUGAAAAAGUCAAAAUAAAUGAAAACAAACCAGGAAAACCAGAUGUAACGGAAAAGACAAAAGGGUCACAAACGAAGGAAGCACAGAAUCGACUGACGAACAAACAUGGAAUUAAGGAAGAAAAACAAGAAAACAAUAAAACAAAAGAAAGAACAGAGAAAAACAAGAAACAAAAGGACGGAAAAAACAAGUUCGAACUAGGAAAAACACAAACAAAACAACCUAGGAAAGAAAAACAAAAACAAAAUCAAAAAGAGAGCAGAGAAAAAACGACGAAAAAAACAAAAAGCACAGAUGUGCCACAGAAAAACGAAAAUAACGAAACGAUAAAUGAAAUAAAAAGAGCAAUGAUAAGAAAAGAGCAAGAAAACACAAUCGAAGAAGACGAUGAAAAUAGAGAAUUUAAACAAAAUAUAAAUCAAUUACAGAAGGUUAAAAAUAAAGCGAAAAAUGAGGAAAAAGAGAAGAAUACAAUAAAAAUAAGAAACAAAUAUACGAAUAGGAAAGAAAACGGAGUAAGUGAAGAAAAUAUAUCACAAUCCAGUGGAAAAGGACAGCAAAAUAUUGAUGGACACAAAAGAGUUAGUGACAGUGGAGAUGUGGAUGAGCGUUGGAGUGUGGAUAAUAAUGUGACGAGUGUGACGAAGGAGGAUAAAUCACGUGAAGGCGAGAGAGGGUCGGUCGCAGUAGACAUGAACGGUGAGACUGUGACACAGGUAGUUGGUGAGGACAAGAUGGUAUCAGUUAGUGAGCACGAAUUUGUGGACAACGAACUACAGGGUGCAUCACGAGCACCCGAUGUAGGUUGGGAGUCACAAAUCGAAGCGACGCCUGAGUCAAUCGACCAGACCAGCUUGGAUGUGGAAACCAACACGGUUCCGAUGCCGUCAUUGACUGAGGACAGACUGCAGUCGGGUUCUGUGUCGGAUGCUGUACAGUCAAUGGGCCCACAUGAGGAGACAGGUUCACACGGAAACAACUCUGUCGGUCCGGAUGACAACAAGGAGGGUGAGGAAAAUGUGUCACAAUCCGGUCGAACGAGUCAUGUAGAUUUUGGUGGACACAGCACUGUUAGUGACAGUGGAGAUGUGGAUGAGCGUUGGAGUGUGGAUAAUAAUGUGACGAGUGUGACGAAGGAGGAUAAAUCACGUGAAGGCGAGAGAGGGUCGGUCGCAGUAGACAUGAACGGUGAGACUGUGACACAGGUAGUUGGUGAGGACAAGAUGGUAUCAGUUAGUGAGCACGAAUUUGUGGACAACGAACUACAGGGUGCAUCACGAGCACCCGAUGUAGGUUGGGAGUUACAAAUCGAAGCGACGCCUGAGUCAAUCGACCAGACCAGCUUGGAUGUGGAAACCAACACGGUUCCGAUGCCGUCAUUGACUGAGGACAGACUGCAGUCGGGUUCUGUGUCGGAUGCUGUACAGUCAAUGGGCCCACAUGAGGAGACAGGUUCACACGGAAACAACUCUGUCGGUCCGGAUGACAACAAGGAGGGUGAGGAAAAUGUGUCACAAUCCGGUCGAACGAGUCAUGUAGAUUUUGGUGGACACAGCACUGUUAGUGACAGUGGAGAUGUGGAUGAGCGUUGGAGUGUGGAUAAUAAUGUGACGAGUGUGACGAAGGAGGAUAAAUCACGUGAAGGCGAGAGAGGGUCGGUCGCAGUAGACAUGAACGGUGAGACUGUGACACAGGUAGUUGGUGAGGACAAGAUGGUAUCAGUUAGUGAGCACGAAUUUGUGGACAACGAACUACAGGGUGCAUCACGAGCACCCGAUGUAGGUUGGGAGUCACAAAUCGAAGCGACGCCUGAGUCAAUCGACCAGACCAGCUUGGAUGUGGAAACCAACACGGUUCCGAUGCCGUCAUUGACUGAGGACAGACUGCAGUCGGGUUCUGUGUCGGAUGCUGUACAGUCAAUGGGCCCACAUGAGGAGACAGGUUCACACGGAAACAACUCUGUCGGUCCGGAUGACAACAAGGAGGGUGAGGAAAAUGUGUCACAAUCCGGUCGAACGAGUCAUGUAGAUUUUGGUGGACACAGCACUGUUAGUGACAGUGGAGAUGUGGAUGAGCGUUGGAGUGUGGAUAAUAAUGUGACGAGUGUGACGAAGGAGGAUAAAUCACGUGAAGGCGAGAGAGGGUCGGUCGCAGUAGACAUGAACGGUGAGACUGUGACACAGGUAGUUGGUGAGGACAAGAUGGUAUCAGUUAGUGAGCACGAAUUUGUGGACAACGAACUACAGGGUGCAUCACGAGCACCCGAUGUAGGUUGGGAGUCACAAAUCGAAGCGACGCCUGAGUCAAUCGACCAGACCAGCUUGGAUGUGGAAACCAACACGGUUCCGAUGCCGUCAUUGACUGAGGACAGACUGCAGUCGGGUUCUGUGUCGGAUGCUGUACAGUCAAUGGGCCCACAUGAGGAGACAGGUUCACACGGAAACAACUCUGUCGGUCCGGAUGACAACAAGGAGGGUGAGGAAAAUGUGUCACAAUCCGGUCGAACGAGUCAUGUAGAUUUUGGUGGACACAGCACUGUUAGUGACAGUGGAGAUGUGGAUGAGCGUUGGAGUGUGGAUAAUAAUGUGACGAGUGUGACGAAGGAGGAUAAAUCACGUGAAGGCGAGAGAGGGUCGGUCGCAGUAGACAUGAACGGUGAGACUGUGACACAGGUAGUUGGUGAGGACAAGAUGGUAUCAGUUAGUGAGCACGAAUUUGUGGACAACGAACUACAGGGUGCAUCACGAGCACCCGAUGUAGGUUGGGAGUCACAAAUCGAAGCGACGCCUGAGUCAAUCGACCAGACCAGCUUGGAUGUGGAAACCAACACGGUUCCGAUGCCGUCAUUGACUGAGGACAGACUGCAGUCGGGUUCUGUGUCGGAUGCUGUACAGUCAAUGGGCCCACAUGAGGAGACAGGUUCACACGGAAACAACUCUGUCGGUCCGGAUGACAACAAGGAGGGUGAGGAAAAUGUGUCACAAUCCGGUCGAACGAGUCAUGUAGAUUUUGGUGGACACAGCACUGUUAGUGACAGUGGAGAUGUGGAUGAGCGUUGGAGUGUGGAUAAUAAUGUGACGAGUGUGACGAAGGAGGAUAAAUCACGUGAAGGCGAGAGAGGGUCGGUCGCAGUAGACAUGAACGGUGAGACUGUGACACAGGUAGUUGGUGAGGACAAGAUGGUAUCAGUUAGUGAGCACGAAUUUGUGGACAACGAACUACAGGGUGCAUCACGAGCACCCGAUGUAGGUUGGGAGUCACAAAUCGAAGCGACGCCUGAGUCAAUCGACCAGACCAGCUUGGAUGUGGAAACCAACACGGUUCCGAUGCCGUCAUUGACUGAGGACAGACUGCAGUCGGGUUCUGUGUCGGAUGCUGUACAGUCAAUGGGCCCACAUGAGGAGACAGGUUCACACGGAAACAACUCUGUCGGUCCGGAUGACAACAAGGAGGGUGAGGAAAAUGUGUCACAAUCCGGUCGAACGAGUCAUGUAGAUUUUGGUGGACACAGCACUGUUAGUGACAGUGGAGAUGUGGAUGAGCGUUGGAGUGUGGAUAAUAAUGUGACGAGUGUGACGAAGGAGGAUAAAUCACGUGAAGGCGAGAGAGGGUCGGUCGCAGUAGACAUGAACGGUGAGACUGUGACACAGGUAGUUGGUGAGGACAAGAUGGUAUCAGUUAGUGAGCACGAAUUUGUGGACAACGAACUACAGGGUGCAUCACGAGCACCCGAUGUAGGUUGGGAGUCACAAAUCGAAGCGACGCCUGAGUCAAUCGACCAGACCAGCUUGGAUGUGGAAACCAACACGGUUCCGAUGCCGUCAUUGACUGAGGACAGACUGCAGUCGGGUUCUGUGUCGGAUGCUGUACAGUCAAUGGGCCCACAUGAGGAGACAGGUUCACACGGAAACAACUCUGUCGGUCCGGAUGACAACAAGGAGGGUGAGGAAAAUGUGUCACAAUCCGGUCGAACGAGUCAUGUAGAUUUUGGUGGACACAGCACUGUUAGUGACAGUGGAGAUGUGGAUGAGCGUUGGAGUGUGGAUAAUAAUGUGACGAGUGUGACGAAGGAGGAUAAAUCACGUGAAGGCGAGAGAGGGUCGGUCGCAGUAGACAUGAACGGUGAGACUGUGACACAGGUAGUUGGUGAGGACAAGAUGGUAUCAGUUAGUGAGCACGAAUUUGUGGACAACGAACUACAGGGUGCAUCACGAGCACCCGAUGUAGGUUGGGAGUCACAAAUCGAAGCGACGCCUGAGUCAAUCGACCAGACCAGCUUGGAUGUGGAAACCAACACGGUUCCGAUGCCGUCAUUGACUGAGGACAGACUGCAGUCGGGUUCUGUGUCGGAUGCUGUACAGUCAAUGGGCCCACAUGAGGAGACAGGUUCACACGGAAACAACUCUGUCGGUCCGGAUGACAACAAGGAGGGUGAGGAAAAUGUGUCACAAUCCGGUCGAACGAGUCAUGUAGAUUUUGGUGGACACAGCACUGUUAGUGACAGUGGAGAUGUGGAUGAGCGUUGGAGUGUGGAUAAUAAUGUGACGAGUGUGACGAAGGAGGAUAAAUCACGUGAAGGCGAGAGAGGGUCGGUCGCAGUAGACAUGAACGGUGAGACUGUGACACAGGUAGUUGGUGAGGACAAGAUGGUAUCAGUUAGUGAGCACGAAUUUGUGGACAACGAACUACAGGGUGCAUCACGAGCACCCGAUGUAGGUUGGGAGUUACAAAUCGAAGCGACGCCUGAGUCAAUCGACCAGACCAGCUUGGAUGUGGAAACCAACACGGUUCCGAUGCCGUCAUUGACUGAGGACAGACUGCAGUCGGGUUCUGUGUCGGAUGCUGUACAGUCAAUGGGCCCACAUGAGGAGACAGGUUCACACGGAAACAACUCUGUCGGUCCGGAUGACAACAAGGAGGGUGAGGAAAAUGUGUCACAAUCCGGUGUUAUGUAUAUUGGUGUUUUUCUUUAA